AUGUGGAGUAAAACCUCAAUCAUCAUGUUCUUCACCAUCCUCGUCUUUAUUUUACCCGUCACCAGCGGGCCGUAUCAACUGGACAUGGCAUCAGAUUCUGUUGACGACCAGUAUGAAGGGUGUGAGAAAUAUAUGCAGGAAUGGAUUAAAAAGAACAAUCUACAAGAAGAAUUAAAAUCCAAUGAAAACUGUACAAUAGUUUGGGAAAAUUUUGAAAACAUUAAAAACAUUACUGAGAAAAUUAUAAAAAUGUAUACAGUCCAGGAUUUUUAUUCUGAGUUUAACGCUGCAGUGAGUACAAGGAGAACAAAUUAUACAAAUGAAUUCAAGUAUAAAACCUUUCAUUACCUGCUCACACGUGCUGUACAAAAUCUUACACUUAAUGAAUGCACAGACGUUUAUCGCAAAACCACUGUUUCAUUUGUUACAAACGUUACAGGCCAGGAGAUGCGAUUUGACAGGUUUGCAUCAACUUCAUUAAUACCAAACUUAGAGGGAUUUGGCAAUAAAUCAUGUUUUAAAAUUCACACAUGCUUUGGUGCAAACAUAGCCAAUUUUUCAAUUCUCCCUGGUGAGCAAGAGGUGCUCAUCCCACCUUAUGAAGUAUUUAAUAUUACAAACGUUACUGAAAAGCAGGAGGACUGUGAUGUUCUUUACACACUCCAGAGCACUAGAAGAUUCAGUAACAUGAACUGUACAUUAGUUAGCACUUCAAACAGUACGUCUUAA